AUGGCAAAAAUCGCCAUAAUCGGCCUCGGCUCCGUCGGUGCCUCCACAGCCCUAUCCCUAAUCCACCAACGCGUGCAGGCGACGCUCCUCCUCGUAGACACCAACUCCACCCUGCGCGACGCCCAGGCCAUCACGCAGGUCCGCGCCUCUACGCACCGCGAGGCCAGUCAAGCUGAUGUGGUGGUUAUUACUGCAGGGGCGAAAUAUACCCCUGGCGAAACCAGUAUCCAACACCUCUACCAAAAAAUCUCCAUCCUGAAAAGCAUCCUCACCGAAACAAACCCCUUCAAUCCCAACACCAUCCUCAUAAUAGUUGCCAACCCGGUAGAUCUCCUAACCACCCUGGCGCAGGACAUAUCCGGGUUAUCUCGCCCCAAGGUCUUCGGUAUCGGGACGUGUUUGGAAUCAGCUCGCUUGAGGGACGAAGUAUCCCGAUUAUCUGGUCGACGGGUAGAUGGCUAUGUGGUUGGGGUUAAAGGUGAAUAUUGGUGCGAGGAGGCGGAUUGA